GGCACAAGGGCAACGGUCAACAGCAGCAAUACAACAACCAACAGCAGCAUAGAACUAUUCACCCCGCUCCCCCCAACAAAGGAAACAAACCAGGCCGCACGAUAACACAAUGCACAGAAUCUAUGUGCACAAUCCACGCCCAUGCACGGCCCAUAGCACUGCACACAAUCAGGAACGAUUCGAUGACAUUGCACCGCGCACAAUCUCGUUCCACUAGAGGACAGGGAAGGAUCGUGUUCGACUCGACGACAGGGCACUCGCCUAUCGUGUUCGACUUGACGAACGCAAUCGACGAUUGUGUUUCACAGGAUGAUCGUGUUCGACUCGACGAUCGUGUCCGACUCGACUAUCGUGUUCGACUCGACGAUCGUGUUCGACUCGACGAUCGUGUUCGACUCGACGAUCAUGUUCGACUCGACGACCGUGUCCGCCUCGACGAUCGUGUCCGUCUCGACGUGUUCGACUCGCCUAUCGUGUUCGACUCGACGAUCGUAUUCGACUCGACGAUCGGGCAGUGUCGUGCUCGACUCGACUAUCGUGUUCGAAUCGAUGAUCGGGCAGUGUCGUGUUCGACUCGACUAUUGUGUUCGACUCGACGGUCGGACAGUGUCGUGUACGACUCGACUAUCGUGUUCGACUCGACUAUCGUGUUCGACUCGACGAUCGGGCAGUGUCGUGUUCGACUCGACGAGCGUGUUCGACUCAACUGUCGUGUUCGACUCGACAAUCAGACAUCGGACACAAUCGUGUUCGUGUCGGGCACUGUCGUGUUCGACUCGACGAUCAGGCACGAUCGUGUUCGACACGACGAUCGGACACGAUCGUGUUGGACUCGACGAUCGGGCGCGAUCGUGUUCGACUCGAUGAUGGGGCACCAUCAUGUUCGACUCGACGACCGGAAGUGCCACGUGGCGUUACGUGGUUGAAUCUGGGCUGCGAGAUUGUGUCCUCAUCGUCCGAUCCUUCAAACUCGGGGUGCUCCGCUGUGGUUGUGCGUCG